AUGACAUCCGCAAGCUGGAGGUCUGGUAAUGCCGAGCAAUUCCAUCGCUCUACUCCAAGGCCUCCAUCCCAUCUUUCGAGGAAUCUCAAUUCAGAUGCCACAAGUACCCUCACAAGCCAUAGAAAAAUGGCACGCCUCCCCUUCGCCGCCGCCUUGGUUACGGCCCUCGUCCUCCUUCUCCUCCUCACCUCCCACCUAACAGCGCCUUUCUUCCCUACCAUCCCAAAUCUACAAACCUUCCUCCGCCAUGUCUGCCAUCCUACUACCUUCAUAUCGUCGAAUGGCCAGCCACACACGGCUGGUGCAACAGAUCAAGGCACACCCUACCUCCUCGGCGUCGGCAAAGCUGACAUCACCGGCCCCGUCGUCGAGAUCAAUUUGAUGGGAUACGCAGAUCCAGACCAAGUCGGCACCGGUCUUCGCCAGCGGCUAUACUCUCGCACCUUCAUCAUCGGCAGCACGGAGAACCUUACUGAAAGAUUUGUGUACAUGGUGCUCGAUACGCAGAGUGGAGAUACGGCUGUAAGAUACGGUAUAUUGGACGAGCUGGCAAAAUUAGGCGGCGAGUACGCGGUGUAUGGGCAGCAGAACGUAGCUGUCAUAGGCACGCACUCGCACUCUGGCCCUGGCGCGUGGUUGAAUUAUCUUUUGCCGCAGAUCACGAGUAAAGGGUUUGACAAGCAGAGCUACCAGGCGAUUGUGGAUGGGGCUGUGUUGUCGAUUAAGAGGGCGCAUGAGAGUUUGAAGCCUGGAUAUCUGAGUGUGGGACAUGCGAAUGUGGAGGGUGGGAAUGUUAAUAGGAGCCCGUAUGCUUAUUUGCAGAAUCCGGAGGAGGAGAGGGCGAGGUAUAAAGGUGAUGUGGAUGAGGAGAUCACGGUGCUAAAAUUCUGGGAUCAGGAGAGUGGGAAGGGGAGGGGUGUGCUAACGUGGUUUCCCGUCCAUGGAACGAGUUUGUAUGGGAAUAAUACGUUGGUUAGUGGUGAUAACAAGGGGGUUGCUGCUUGGUUGUUCGAAGAGGCUGUGAAGGGACAAGAAAGCGAAGACGAAGGGUUUGUAGCGGGCUUUUCGCAGUCGAAUGUUGGCGACACGAGUCCGAAUGUGCUUGGAGCCUACUGCGAAGAUGGGUCAGGUCAGCAAUGUUCAUUUAAAGAAAGCCUGUGCAACGGCAAGACACAAGCCUGCCAUGGCCGCGGCCCUCGCUUCACUGCAAAGGAUAACGGCGCAGCCAGCUGCUACGAAAUAGGUCGCCGUCAGUUCGUCGCCGCUAAAAGCGCCUACGAUCUCAUGGACGAAAUUGGCACCCCUGUUUCCGGCCCCAGCGUAAAAGCCGUCCACUCCUUCCACGACCUCUCCAACUACACCUUUCCUCACCCCAAUGGAACCACCCUCCACACCUGCCCCGCCGCCCUCGGAUACUCCUUUGCAGCAGGCACCACCGACGGCCCUGGCGCCUUUGACUUCAAACAAAAUGACCCUGGCAAGCCUAACGCUAACCCUCUCUGGGCUGUCGUGAGCGGUGCACUUAAGGAGCCAAGUAAGGAGCAGAAAGCAUGUCAUGCGCCAAAACCUAUAUUGCUCGACGUCGGCGAGAUCCAUAAGCCGUAUCAGUGGACGCCAAAUAUCGUCGACAUCCAACUCCUUCGCGUCGGGCAGCUUUUCAUUAUCGUCAGCCCCGGCGAAGCCACCACAAUGUCUGGCCGGCGGUGGAAGGACGCCAUCUACGGUGAGGUCAAAGCAAUCUCUCUCGCCGAAAAUGGAGAUCCUGACCCGAUCGUCUUGCUGGGUGGGCCUGCCAACAGCUACACCCACUACAUCGCCACGCCCGAGGAGUAUUCUGUCCAGCGGUACGAAGGUGCAUCCACGCUCUAUGGCCCCAGCACCCUCGACGCUUUCAUCCACCUCAGCACCCUCCACCUUCCCUACCUUUCCGCGGAGAACUCGUCGUUUCCGACAUCCCCAGUGUACCCGCCUAACAACGUCAAUGCUUCCAUGAGCUUCAUCACCCCCGUCAUCUUCGACAACGCCCCUCUGUUCAAAUCAUACGGCGACAUUCUCCAGGAUGUCAAACCUACCUACGUCGUCGGUCAAAACGUGAUCGCGAGGUUCGUGGCUGCGAAUCCAAGGAAUGAUCUCCGCUUGGAGGAUACGUACGCUGCGGUUGAGAUGAAGGACGGCGGAAAGUGGAAAAGGGUAAGGGAUGAUAAAGAUUGGGGGCUCGUGUUCGAGUGGAAGAGGGUCAGUACGAUUUUGGGGACUAGUGAGGUGACUAUUACGUGGACGGUGGAUGAGAUGGUGGAGAGGGGGAGGUAUAGGAUUAGGUAUUUUGGGGCGAGCACGGGGGUCUUAGGGGGGCUGGAGGGCUUUGAGGGCGUCAGUGGGACCUUUGAGAUUGUGUGA